CGAGAGUAUGUAUGUCUCGCGAGAUCUCGCUCGCCUUGUCUUUUCCUCUUGCCUUAGCCCGGCUUUUCUCCCCUCCCCCCUCGCCGCCGGAGGAGUUUUUCCUUUUCCGACCGAAUCUUCUCCUUGUCGUGGAUAUUUUCCGUGCCGCCGCUGCUCCUGCCGCCGCUCGGCUCGCUUCCCCGACCCCUGCCCGCCGUCCCGUCCCCAACCCCGCCCAAGAUGUCAGAGGAUCUAGCAAAACAGUUGGCUAGCUACAAAGCUCAACUCCAGCAAGUAGAAGCUGCUCUAUCUGGAAACGGAGAAAAUGAAGAUCUGCUGAAAUUGAAGAAGGAUUUGCAAGAAGUUAUAGAAUUGACCAAAGAUCUUCUGUCAACUCAACCUUCAGAAACUCUUACAAGUUCAGACAGUUUUGCUUCUGCUCAGCCCACUCAUUCAUGGAAAGUAGGGGACAAGUGUAUGGCAAUCUGGAGUGAAGAUGGACAGUGUUAUGAAGCGGAGAUUGAGGAGAUAGAUGAAGAAAAUGGCACCGCUGCAAUCACCUUUGCUGGUUAUGGCAAUGCCGAAGUCACUCCAUUGUUGAACCUCAAGCCUGUAGAAGAAGGAAGGAAGGCAAAAGAGGACAGUGGCAACAAGCCCAUGUCAAAAAAAGAAAUGAUUGCCCAGCAGCGUGAAUAUAAAAAGAAAAAAGCUUUGAAAAAAGCACAGAGAAUAAAAGAGCUUGAGCAGGAACGAGAGGACCAGAAGGUGAAAUGGCAACAGUUCAACAACCGGGCUUACUCUAAAAACAAAAAAGGCCAGGUAAAGAGGAGUAUUUUUGCUUCGCCAGAAAGCGUAACAGGCAAAGUUGGAGUUGGAACUUGUGGAAUUGCUGACAAGCCUAUGACACAGUAUCAAGAUACAUCUAAAUACAAUGUCAGGCAUUUGAUGCCUCAAUAAUCAGAAAAACUGUUGGAUUUCAUCUCUGCAGGGCUUUACAUUUACCUUUUUAUCCUUAUAUUUUUCUAAAGGUAAAUUAUUUGUUAGAUGAGUAAGGAAGAUACAUUGUUGUCGUUGUUUGGCUUUGGUAGAUUGAAACUUGAAGACCUUUGAUAACUCCUAUCAUUUAACCUUUCAUUAUUACACCACAGUUCCCUCUGUUGAACACGGCAACUUCUCUAGGUAAACGCUGCUUACCCCAGCACUUAGAUGACCUACUGACUUUCAGCCCCUGUUUAACUGAUGUGUAGACAUUUGUAAGGCCUGACUUGGAAUUUUCAGAUGCUUUGCACUUGACUUAAUUCCAGAUCAUUAGAACAUCGAGGCGAAAUGCCAGUCGGCUAGAGAGCCUCUUCAGUUUUAUAACCUGGCCAUUGUCCAGACAAACCCAAGUAUAGGUUAAUUUAUAAACAGCAAAGUUUAUUUUGAGGGUUUUUUUUCCUUGAAUUAAUUGUUUCCUGGGCCUAUUAGGUUACCUCUACAAUCGACUCAUCUUGUACUUUUUGUCAUUGAAUUUGAAUUUUAUAUUAAAAAACAGACAAACCAUGUUUAGGA